AUGGUAAACGAAUUGUUCGUAUACAUCAGAGGACAAAAAUACUGUUUUUCCAUUGAAGAUAUUUUAGAGGGACACUGUGAAAAAAUCAGGGAAUGGGUGCGAGAGUACCCAAGCGAAAGAAUUAUCAUAAACCGACCGAAAAAAGCCUUUGAAGCUAUUCUGGAUUUUCACUUGACCGGGAUUCUUCAUAUGCCAAUCUCCACAUGUCCAGAGGAGUUCAAGGAGGAACUAGAUUUCUGGGAGAUUUCUCACGAAAAACUGGAGCGCUGUUGUUUGAACCGCUUGGCUAGUUACUACCGGGAGAAGGCCUUAUUAAAGGACUACAAAAAUUCUGGUACAUGUAUGCCCGAGAAAUAUGCAUCCUAUCCGAAAAGUUCUCCUAGGAAAGUUUUUCUAAAAGUCUGGAAUGUCUUGAAUUACCACGAUGAUUGUCUUGUUGCGAAGAUCUAUUUCUUCGUGUCUACCUGUUUCAUUUUACUGUCGAUCUUCGGAGUCGCCAUCAGCACGUUACCUCAAUUCAGGGUUAAAGAGGCUCCACCCGAGACAGUACCCACGAUUUCUACUCCUGACUACUGCAAGCUUCUGUACGAAAGAGUGACGUCCUCAAAGAGUUUAGCUACGGAUCUGAACGAUUCUUCUAUUCAUCGUGAUGGUUCAGAUUUUAUAUCUAGUAUUUUCCCAGAAUCAGUGCACAAGAAGAUUCCAUCUUUGCAGCAGACAAUUGACCAGGGGACGAAAGUGUUUUUCUACAUAGAAAUCGCCACCACGAUUUUCUUUACCGCUGAACAGGCGAUGCGCAUUCUAACCUGUCCUGGAUUGCUCUCAUACACUUGUGGAUUGAUGAAUAUUGUUGAAAUUCUGCUUCUUAUGGCCAGCUAUUGCCGUUUUAUUCUCCACUUCUUGGAAAUACAGUAUAAUGGAAACGCUUGGUCCUUUUUACUGUAUGUUCAAAUGUUUCGUGUUCUCAGAAUUGUCCGAGUUAUGCGUCACGUGCUGGCCUUUAAAGUCUUGAACUACUCGAUCAAGGUUGGAAAGAAGGACCUCUGUAUUAUUAUCAUGUAUAUUUUCAUCGGUCUCAUGAUUUUCUCUAACCUGGUUUUCUUUUUUGAACUAUCAGACGAUUUUCGAAGCAUUCCAGAUGCCUGGUGGUGGACACUGAUCACUAUGACAACGGUAGGAUAUGGUGAUAUAAUUCCAAAAACAAUCGCCGGAAAAGUUUUGGGUUGUGUCUGUGCUGUUUCUGGUGUCAUCAUGCUGUCGCUCGUGAUACCCAUUUUUGUGAAUACAUUUUUAUUCUUAUACCAGUUUGCAGAACUUGAAUCCGUGACCAUUCCAGCACCAAAGAAACCAUGCGAACUCAAACGGAAAGCCACUCCCGAUGAUACAGAGGUAACAUAUACUUCCGAAUAAUUUCAAAAGGCUGCGGAGAACAGUAAAGCACAUCUUUUCCCGCCAUGAUUCAUGCUCAUCUGGGACCUUUUAUGUUUUUAAUGUAAGACUUGCGUGAUUUUUGACUCAUGACGUUUCAUUGUGUUGUUAAUGGUUGU